AUCAAUUGGGCGCCACUUUCGGAAGAGAGAAUCGCGCUACACCCGUGAUGCUAUGUGAUCAAUAUCAGUGUUGCGUCUCAGCCUUUGGACCAACGUAAGGCAGACGGAUCUGAAAAUAGAGAAAAGAAAAGCGACAUGAAAGCCGUAACGCAUACUUGUACGUCAGGAAGCGAUUUUCCGGAAGGUGAAUCGAUCGAAGACAUCGCUGAGUCCGUAGACGAAUUGCGAGAAAAAUUAGCAAAUAUGAAGAGAUUGAUGGAAGAACGUAAGGGAACGACUCUGGGCGAGAUCAGUGCACGUAAAAGGAAAGAAGCUUCGGACAUAAUAGAUGGAAAUUUUCUUUCUUGGAUUUUUGGCUCUGCUCUCGUUGUUAUAUUAAGCGUUAGCUUUUACGCUUUUUAUAAUCUUUAUCACGCGGUACUCAAGAAAUUCCCUUCGCAUCAUACAGAGUUGUAAGAAAAGAGAAAAGAAAAAAAAGAAAAAAGAAAAUAGAAAAAAACAAGAAAGUAAGAAAAAGGAGUGAAAAACGCGUCAAAUGUCCUUUCAAAUGAAGACACUAUACGAAAGAGAAAAUGAAAUGGAUAAAUCAACCAGAAGAGAUACCAUAUUUUGGUGUAAUUAUUAUGUCCGUUUUACGAUGUAAUCGUAAGUGACUGACUCACUGAUGACAUCUCAAAUAACAAUGAUUUAAUUAUCAAUGUAAAAGUUAAAAUAAUCUUGAGGCAACAUGUGAUAUUGUCGAUGAAAUUUUACAUUAUCAAAAAAAAAAAGAAAAUAACAAAAUAUAUAUAUAUAUAUUAUUUUGAUCAAAACUAUAUAUAUUAUAGUGCAUGCACUACAAUCCUAUAAUUUUUUUUUUCUUAUUAUUAU